AUCGCCGCACCCGCACCGGCCCAUCCAAACGCGAAAAAGCUCCCCCAAACGGAAGGAGGAGCAGCAGCAGACAGGACGACUCCUCCCUCUCCCUCUCCGUCUCCGAAUCCCCCGCAAUCCUCCCCAGUUCUCCGGCCCCGGGCAAGUCUCUACCGAGUGUGCCUCGAUCCGAUUGGUGGACGGAGUCCCGAACCGAGGUUUCAAGUGUUGCCUGCCUCGCCGGAGUUUUCCUCUUACCCGCAAUCGAAUCGGCUCACAAGUUCAUGGGAUCGGCGGGAUACUGGAAAGUUGCGUGAGAUCGACGAGCGGGAACCGUGAAUUCCUAGGAGGGCUGCGGCGAUCAGGCUGCACGGCUGCAUGAACUGUUUCGAGAACCUGGGACUCAACUCGAACUCGAACCACUACGUCGCCUGCCUCCUCAUCUUCCUGCUGCAUUUUUCCCCUCAGUUGUUAAAUCCGUCAAAUUCUAAUUCAAGUAGUACUCGUCAAAGAGAAGAACAGAGCUGCACAGAUGGCGAACAACAGUAAGUUUCUCACUUCUCCGGGAGCUCUCUUAGAAUUUUGGGCUUAUAGUUGACAGAUGGUUUUCCCCCCCAAUUUUAAGCUUUCGUUGGCAAAAGGAAAAUAUAUCCUCUAUCAAUGUGAAUUGCUAAGGCUACUCGUUAAGAAUCAAUAUGUAGAAUUUUAAUUGCUUGUGAAUCUGUUCUUGUUUAUUAUAUGAGAUGAUGUUUGUUGGGCAGUUGAAGUGUUGAUUAGGUAUACAUUUGGUGGAUCACAUGCCCUUUAUGGAAAUUUUGUGGCAAAUUCGAAUUUCUCCACCUCAACUUAGCUUCUGAUCUUGGUUUAAAAAAACUUCUUUUGAUAACCCAAAAGAUUCGAGGUUCCUAUGGUUGUUGGGAGGUGCUGCAUGGACCCGAUGAAAGGGUCAUGAACCAUAAAGUCCCAUAUUCAUUUGUCGGUGGUAGGAAGGGAAAAAAUAAAGAAUAUUAAUAGCUGUCCACACUUUACACUCAUUAUAUAUACCAAUAUAUCACGCAAGAGGGGACCAACCCAACCACUUGGAAGGUUCUAGGAUUUGACAUGUCCAUGUGUAUUUGUAGACGUGUUCUUUUUUAAAUAAUGUGGAUUGAAGAGACCUUGGAUCAGUAAAUAAUUGCUCUGACAAGCCUACCAUUGGUCUUACAACACAGGAAUUUUAGUUAAUAUUGACUUGCAACAAAAUCUGAUUACAGGAAAAGCAUAUACUGUGAAGUGAUUCUGUGUUCCUGUUAAGUGCCAUGCUUUAUUCCAUGCAUACGGGAUCCACAUCAUUGUCAUGCAUACAGACAUGGGUAGACUAGUCUAUGAUGAUGUUGGCUAGUGAAUGCGGUUUGUUUAAUUGUUCACUGUCCUCCGGUGCUGCAAUUUGCAUGUAGUUGAUACAUUCUCGGUACAGAUAUGCUUGGUGGCCAUUAAAGGGGCUGUUUUUUAGUGUCCUGAGCAUAUCCCAUACAGGGGUUUCUGCCAGUGUUUUCUACUACAAUCCUACCAGGUACCUUGUAAAGCCAAGGCAAACAUUAGCCACAAGACACAUGCUUCUUUCCACAACAACAACAACAACAUAGCCUUUUUUCCCAAGCAAGUUGGGGUAGGCUAGAGAUGAAACCCGAAAGAAAUAAGUUCAAGGUUCAGGCACAUUGAUAGCUAGUCUCCAAGCGCUCCUAUCCAAAGCUAUCUCUUUAGAGAUGUUCCAAUCCUUAAGGUCUCUCUUAACCGACACAUGCUUCUUUCCCUUUAGAUUAAUUGCCCAUGUCUCAUCCAAAUGCAAACUAGAAGAGCGUACCUAUGACUAAUGAUCUUGUGUCCUGUACUCAUGUCCAUGUAGUGCCCCUUAUGACCCGCUUGUGGUUGUAGAUGAUUAUGCUAUACUUGAAUGGACAAUCUAUAGUUUCUAAUUUAUAUGCUAUGAAAAUGUUGGAAGAGUCAAGAGUGGCAUGCUAGCAUCCACAAUUAAUAGACUGAGAACACUACUCAAGCCUCACCUAAAUUUGGAGGGAUACGCGAAAAUCUUAAAUUGUCCUGUAUUACCUCACCAUCAUUGUUCUGAGACAGGGGAACAUGCCUCACUACUAACCUCCAUGGUGGAGGGGGGUAGAGGAGGGUUGAUGUGAGAAGAACAGGCGAUAUCGGCAAUUUCACCACUUGGUUCAUAUGGUGAAAAUGUUAGGAGAAAGUCCCACACACCAUCUGCAAUUGUUAUUGGUGGUGGAUUCGCAGGGCUUGCUGCUGCUGAUGCGCUCAGGAAUGCUUCAUUCCAGGUUAUUCUUCUGGAAUCCCGUGAUAGGAUAGGUGGCAGAGUUCACACCGACUACUCUUUUGGGUUUCCUGUCGAUUUGGGAGCAUCUUGGCUUCAUGGCGUCUGUGAAGAAAAUCCCUUAGCACCAAUAAUUGGAAGGCUUGGACUUCCAUUGUAUCGCACGAGUGGAGAUGAUUCUGUUCUGUUUGAUCAUGAUUUGGAGAGUUAUGCACUCUACGACACUAACGGGCAUCAAGUACCACAGGAGUUAGUAGAAAAGAUAGGGAAGGUGUUUGAGACCAUACUGGAAGAGACUGGCAAAUUGAGGGAACAAACCAAUGAAGAUAUGUCUAUUGCAAAAGCCAUUGCAAUUGUUAUGGAUAAAAAUCCGCAUUUGAGGCAAGAAGGGAUUGCUCAUGAAGUUCUUCAAUGGUAUUUGUGCCGUAUGGAAGGUUGGUUUGCUACUGACGCUGAUUCAAUAUCACUAAAGGGUUGGGACCAGGAGGUGCUGCUUCCAGGUGGCCAUGGCCUCAUGGUUCGUGGAUAUCGUCCGGUUAUAAAUACCCUGGCAAAAGGCUUAGAUAUACGCCUCAACCAUAAGGUUGUUGAAAUUGUUCGCCACAGGAACAGGGUAGAGGUUACUGUAAGCAGUGGCAAAACAUUUGUUGCUGAUGCUGCAGUAGUUGCUGUUCCUUUGGGUGUUCUGAAAGCAAAUACUAUUAAAUUUGAGCCGAGACUGCCAGAGUGGAAGGACGAAGCAGUAAGAGAACUUUCAGUUGGAAUUGAGAACAAAAUUGUUCUUCACUUCAGCCAGGUUUUCUGGCCUAACGUGGAGUUCCUUGGGGUCGUUUCCUCCAGCACGUAUGGAUGUAGCUAUUUCCUUAACCUUCACAAGGCAACAGGCUACCCUGUUCUCGUUUACAUGCCUGCUGGUCGCCUUGCUCAUGACAUUGAAAAGAUGUCUGAUGAGGUAGCUUCCCAAUUUGCCUUCUCCCAGUUGAAGAAGAUCCUUCCCAAUGCAGGGGAGCCGAUAAAUUACUUGGUGUCACACUGGGGCUCGGAUGAGAACACACUUGGUUCCUACACGUUUGACGGAGUGAAUAAGCCCCGUGACCUGUACGAGAAGCUGCGCAUCCCUGUGGACAACCUGUUCUUUGCAGGAGAGGCCACAAGUGUCAAGUACACUGGCACAGUGCACGGCGCCUUCUCCACUGGUCUCAUGGCAGCUGAGGAGUGCAAGAUGCGGGUUCUGGAGCGGUUCAGGGAGCUGGACAUGCUGGAGAUGUGCCACCCUGCCAUGGGCGAGGACAGCCCUGUCUCUGUCCCACUGCUCAUCUCUCGGCUCUAAGCGGAUCAGCAGUUGUUUAUGGUAUUAGCACCUGCGAGAAUGUCGGACAUCCCACUGAUUGCUCAAGGGAGGCAGUACAAGGAGAAAGAAUCUCCUCUUGCUUCUCCUCUGCAUGAGGCAUGUGUUGACAUCACUUGUGCGGUGUGCUGUAUUAAUCUUAUCUGUUUGGGAACCCUUAUGUAUAUUGGGGUCUGUUUGAUCAAGUUACACGAGCUAUCGGGGCCAUCUUUAUAGAAGCUGCCUUAUGUAUGAUGAACACUGUGAUACACAUGUUUGGAGUGAAGUGGUUGAUUGGCUGAUAUCUCUCUGCCACCCAUUGCUGGCUCUGAGGUCAGAUGAUAUGUUUGAACUUGCCAUUUUUGUUGUA